GAAGAACUUAUUGGCAACGAUGCCCCCGCCCGACGACAAGACCCCUAGCCAAACAACCAGCACAUCUGAAGAUGCCGGCGCCGAGCUUACCGCUCAGCUUGACGAGCUGCUGAACACCCUCUCCAACAAGUUCGCCGGUGUAUCCAGCGAGAUAUUUGCAAAAAUGGAUGAGAUGUCACGGCGUCUAGACAACCUCGAGGCGCAAUUGAUGGCCAACAAGGACAACAAAUCUGGGUCUGGUUGA